UUUUGUUUUUUUUCUGCAGCGCGUCUGGUGCGCACUGAUAUAAACCCCAUGGCGCGCACCGAGCGCGCAGAGGAGCAGAGAAGAAACAACAGGGCAGCGCGCAAAUCUCACUUAGACCUUCUGAGAAAUAUGCAUCCCAACUUGGUGAGCUGUCUGGGGACUCUGGGGUUCCUGUUGUGGGCGCUGGUCUGCCUGGGAGCCUUGACGGAGGGGUACCCGGUGAAACCGGAAAACCCCGGGGAGGACGCUCCAGCGGAGGAGCUGGCCAAGUACUACUCAGCCCUGAGACACUACAUCAACCUCAUCACAAGACAGAGGUAUGGAAAGAGGUCCAGUCCUGAAAUUCUGGACACACUGGUCUCAGAGCUGCUGCUGAAGGAAAGCAGAGACACACUUCCACAGUCAAGAUACGAUCCAUCAUUGUGGUGAUGGCUCUCAGUCGCCCUCCGCCUCGGUCACUUCUGAUACUCUCAUGUGUAUAUGUCUGUCAGUUCCUGCUGUUCUGCAUCACCACUCUGUCUCUGCAUAGGUUGCUUGUCUGAAUGGUCACAUAGCUUAUCUCACCCUCUGUCUGUGUAUAGGCUAUAAUUAACACAGCUUACAGUACAGUCUGAACCAUGAAAUUGUAAAUAGUUUAAUUAGUCAUUAUCUGGGAACCCCAAUAGAACAUGGAGGAGGGGCAUGUUGAUUGUAUUGUAUAUUUGUGCUAUUAAACAAUCACUGUUUGAAUAAAAGCAUUUUGGAAUCUG